UACCCGAUUAGUUCAACUGAUUCCUGGGCCAUUGCUCAACAAUUCAAUUUCGAAUCCAGCUUAGAAUUCUAGAUAGCUUAAACCGAACUAGAUCGCCAUGAAGACUUCUACCUAUAUACUCUGCUGUAUCCUGACUGUUACGACUAUUGGGAUGACGUUCACAACCGGAAUCGAGUCAAAGGCCAACCAGCUCUGGAAAGAACAAAUGUCAAGAAUGGACAAGAUUAUAUCUGAAUAUAAGUUACCGAAGUCAGAGAAUCAGAAAAACUCUCGAAUGAUUGGGCUUCCAUUCUUCGACAUCAAUUUUGUAGACAACUUCAAAGAUGAAACAACAGUUCACAGCCUGAGACCACAAGAUAUUGACAUUGUUGGUGCAAUGGGAGACUCCUUGACGGCUGCAAACGGUGCUGAAGGACAGACCGUCGCAGAGAUUGGGAUUGAAUACAGAAGCAUUUGUUUUAGCGCAGGAGGGAACGGAACUCUAGAGGAAUCGAUCACGGUACCAAACAUUCUGAAGAAGUUCAACGCAAGAUUAGACGGAUACUCCUAUCUGAACGGACCCAGAGUCAACCAAUAUCCAUACGGUUUCAAUGUGGCUGUUCCAGGCGCCCGGGCAAGAGAUAUGUACGGCCAAGCGGUUCGUCUUGUUGAUCUUCUCAAAACGGAUGAUAGAUCAAAUUACGAAGAUGACUGGAAACUCGUGACGCUCUUUAUUGGCGGGAACGACUUAUGCGCAAUCGGUCGAGAUCCUGAUGGAGCGUCGACUGAAACUUAUGUUGCAGAGAUUAGGAGAGCUCUGGAUUUGCUACAUGAAAAUGUGCCAAGGCUGUUCAUCAGCAUUGUCGACAUACUGGAAAUAUAUCUGCUGCCUCAAGUGGGUACGGGUUACGGUAGCACACCACAAUGCAGAGCUAUGCAAUCAUCUUUCUGUAAUUACGUCGUUGUGACGGCGAAAAAUAACGAAACCGAACAAGAGAGGCUAAUAGCAAUUAAUAAGCAAUACCAGAUCCAACUACAAGAACUGAUCGACUCUGGAAUCUACGAUACAAGAGAUGACUUUACUGUAGUUAUUCAACCUUUCCUGAGAGAUACCGUACUCCCGUAUACCGAUGACGGUGAAGUGGACGCUACGUACUUCGCCCCAGACUGCUUUCAUUUUAGUGACAUUGGACAUUCCAUGAGUGCUAUCAAUCUAUGGAAUAAUAUGCUGGAACCGGUCGGAUCCAAGUCUACAGUUUGGAGCAUCACCGAUUUGAAAGUUCCGACAGAGGAGCACCCGUACCUUUUCACAAGCAAGAAUAGUCUUCCACCGACGCCAGCUCCACCCCCGUAUGAAGAAGUAACGGAAGAAGUCCCAGUGUGGCUUAUAUGUGUUAUUGCUGUGCUCUUCGUUGUCGUAUUGGGCCAAUUUGUAGUGUUGUUUUCCAUGCGACGCUCUUUUAAAAACAAUAAACACGUACUAGCGUGAAUAAAUAGACUCAUAAGGGUGCAUUAUGGGACGUACCAAUCUUUUCUGUUGACCAGGACGAGCCUCUGAUAAUAAUGCCCCUUGUACCUAACUUCGAAAAUAAUUCGAGAAUAAAUAAAUUAUUAUAGAUGUUGCUGUACAUGAGAAUAAAUAAAAUAAAGAUCAAGUAAGAAUGUGAAAUGUAUGUAUUAUUAUUUUUUAAUCAUCAAACAAAGCAACACACUCACACGUAUAAAAUCAAAAUCAUUUAUCUGCUGUCCCUACAACGUGUUGCCCGGGGCAACUGCCCUCAUAGCCGGCUUCCGGAUGCAUUCGAACAUUAUACCACACGCUUUAAAGUUAACCCCAAGGGGCUAAACCCCCAAAAAAAUGAUUUGAAAUAAUGAUAAAAACAUAUAUUGUUGACCUUCAAACAUUUCAACUUUUUAUUGAAAUGUUGGGUACUCC